GCCAUUUUGCAGGCGGCUGCCGCGGGGACCCGAGGCGGCGGCAGGCACUGCGGCGCGAGCGGUGCGAUCGGCGGGACGCGAGCUCCGCGAGCUGCAGGCAGGUGAUAAGAAAUGACAGUAAUCUCCAUCUGAGAAUCCCGUGUUCCAGGUGCUGAAGAGCUGCCUCUGCUUGAGCUCCUGGCUUGAAUAAGCCUUCACUGCAGUUGUAUCGGUUGCUCAACUUUCUUAAUGAUGGGCAUUGGCAAGAACACGACCUCCAAAUCAGCGGAGGCUGGGGGUUCCACGGAAGGCAAAUAUGAAGAGGAUGCAAAGCACCCGAAUUUCUUUACUCUCCCGGUGGUGAUCAACGGUGGGGCCACGUCCAGUGGAGAGCAGGACAAUGAAGACACUGAGCUCAUGGCAAUCUACACCACGGAGAAUGGCAUCGCAGAGAAGAGUUCUCUUGCAGAGACCCUGGACAGUACUGGGAGUCUGGAUCCCCAGAGGUCGGAUAUGAUCUACACUAUAGAAGAUGUUCCUCCCUGGUACUUGUGCAUAUUUCUGGGUUUGCAGCACUACCUGACGUGUUUCAGUGGCACAAUCGCUGUGCCCUUCCUGCUGGCUGAUGCCAUGUGCGUGGGGGAUGACCAAUGGGCCACCAGCCAACUCAUCGGGACCAUUUUCUUCUGCGUGGGAAUCACUACAUUGCUGCAGACAACAUUUGGAUGCAGGUUACCCCUGUUUCAGGCCAGUGCUUUUGCAUUUUUGGCCCCUGCUCGAGCCAUCCUGUCUUUAGAUAAAUGGAAAUGUAACACCACAGAGAUUACAGUUGCGAAUGGAUCGGCAGAGCUGUUGGAGCACAUCUGGCACCCCCGGAUCCAAGAGAUUCAGGGAGCUAUCAUCAUGUCCUCAUUGAUAGAAGUGGUCAUUGGUCUCCUUGGCCUUCCUGGGGCUCUGCUGAGGUAUAUUGGACCGCUGACCAUCACACCCACCGUGGCCCUCAUUGGCCUCUCUGGUUUCCAGGCAGCAGGAGAGAGAGCAGGGAAGCACUGGGGCAUUGCCAUGCUGACGAUUUUCCUAGUGUUACUAUUCUCACAAUAUGCCAGAAAUGUUAAAUUUCCUCUCCCAAUUUACAAAUCCAAGAAAGGGUGGACUGCGUACAAAUUACAACUUUUCAAAAUGUUUCCAAUCAUCCUGGCUAUCCUCGUGUCCUGGCUGCUGUGCUUCAUCUUCACGGUGACUGAUGUCUUCCCUUCCAACAGCACCAACUAUGGCUACUAUGCACGCACAGAUGCCAGGAAGGGCGUACUUCUGGUAGCCCCAUGGUUUAAGGUUCCAUACCCAUUUCAGUGGGGGAUGCCCACCGUCUCUGCAGCUGGUGUCAUUGGCAUGCUCAGUGCUGUCGUAGCCAGUAUCAUCGAGUCCAUCGGUGAUUACUAUGCCUGUGCCAGGCUCUCCUGCGCCCCACCACCUCCUGUCCAUGCAAUCAACAGGGGUAUUUUUGUGGAGGGUCUUUCCUGUGUUCUCGAUGGUAUAUUUGGUACUGGGAAUGGCUCUACAUCCUCCAGUCCCAAUAUUGGAGUUUUGGGAAUUACAAAGGUUGGCAGCCGCCGAGUGAUCCAGUAUGGCGCAGCACUCAUGCUGGGCUUGGGCAUGGUUGGCAAGUUCAGUGCCUUGUUUGCAUCCCUCCCAGACCCCGUGCUCGGAGCCCUCUUCUGCACACUCUUUGGAAUGAUCACAGCCGUUGGCCUCUCUAACCUGCAGUUCAUUGAUUUGAAUUCUUCCCGGAACCUGUUUGUGCUUGGAUUCUCCAUAUUCUUCGGGCUUGUUCUUCCAAGUUACCUCAGACAAAACCCUCUGGUCACAGGUAUAACAGGAAUUGAUCAAGUACUGAAUGUACUUCUCACUACUGCGAUGUUUGUAGGAGGCUGUGUGGCUUUUAUUUUGGACAACACCAUCCCAGGUACCCCGGAGGAAAGAGGAAUCAAGAAAUGGAAGAAGGGUGUGAGCAAAGGGAGCAAGUCCCUUGAUGGCAUGGAGUCCUACAAUUUGCCAUUUGGCAUGAACAUUAUUAAAAAAUACAGAUGCUUCAACUACCUGCCUAUUAGCCCAACCUUUGCAGGCUACACAUGGAAAGGCUUUGGGAAGAGUGAGAACAGCCGGAGUUCAGACAAAGACUCUCAGGCCACAGUAUAGCCUUUGCUGUGCCCUGUGGCCUGGCCACAGUGAGGCAUGAUCUGUAGUCCCUUCCUGAGUAACAAGAAGAUAUAUGUUUGUAUAUCUACUUUGGCAUCCUGCACCUCAGAGCUAAGACAGGUUGCACAUCACACUUGUGUUGUGGGUGGUGAUUGUGUCCAAUAUGGUGUCUCACUUCUCUCCUUAUUUGUCCCUGACCCUUUCCAUGUCCAUUGCUGGCCUUGGUCACUGAACUUGAAAUCACAGUCCUGCCGCUGGAAUGGGCAUUUGGACUCCAUAGUGGUCCUGCUUUCAGUUCCCUGCUGUGCAGACUUCCAGUGCUCUUUCCUGCAAGCCACUUCAAGGCCCAGGGGUUUCUGCUUCUAAACACUAUGUCCAACUCUUGACUUGACCUGAGCCCUGCAGAGACCUCCUCUGGCCAAGGGGCCACCAAUGUCCUUACUUUGUCACAUCUGUGUGGUCAGAGUGAUUAUGUUGUCCUCAAAACCCAGGAGCCUGUUGACCUGACUGACACUAGUGACAUGACUGCCAUGUGCCCAGAUGUGAGCGUGCAUAAGGUCUGUGUAGCUAUGCCUGGGUGGCACUCUGUUUAGGAGAUUGACAGGAAUGGAAAGGUCCUGAGUCAAUGGCAUUCCUGACCACUCUUCUCCUUGCCACUCUGGCCCCAUCCAGGUCAGCCCAGUGCACACUAGUCUGUUUUACUGGCUGAGACAACCUAUUUGGCACUUUGAUGGCUGGCAUGACGGGUAUAGAGUGCCCACAGAUAAGUCUAUGGGCAUCUUGGCUCUGCUGUCCUGAACUGUUGUGUGUGUUUUAUUCCUAUUUAAUGUUAUGACUAUAGUGGAUUUUUGAAACCAGUGUUUUUCCAUGUGAACUUCUAACCUUGCAUCCUAUUCCUUGUUCUCUACCCCUUACCCCGUUAAGAAAAGAACCAGCGUUUGUAAAGCUGUGGGUACCAUCAGGGAAGCUUCUUGGAAUGGCUGUUGAAGGCCAGUGACCAUUGUUGUGGGUGUGUUUUGUACUGCUCGAUACCAUGAAAGUGUAAAUACUGUAAUGUCUAAUCUAUUUAUCACAACUGACUACUGGACCAGAACCCAGAAACAUGGGUCAAGUUACAUGUGAAUUUGUUUGGUGAAGAAGGGAACCUGGGGCAGUAAUACAGCAUCAUCAUAUGGAAUGUGCCAUUUCCUUCUGUUGCAAGUCAUUGCUGGUAGAUUUGACUUAAUAAGACUGUGUGGGUUGUCAGGUCACAGGUCCAUUGGAUCUUGAUCCUUGCAGAGGGAAGAUUUGAUCCCUUAGCCAAAUGCCAGUGUAAUUUGUUGCAGAAGACAGUAAGAAAAAUAGCUACCACGUGCCAUCUGUGAAGUGUUCUAACCUAGGACAUAAAUUCUUGCUGACACGUGACUUGUGUUGAAUUUGUCUUUGGUUUUCAAGCCAAGAGGAAAGCCUUGCUUCAUGAGAUUGUACCUCUUAAGUGGCUAUGGACCUGGCUGAAUCGUGCAUGGCAGUAGGCAUUCCUGCUUUCCUUAGCAAGGUGUGACUCUGAGUAGCCCUCUGUGUUUUUCUGCCCCAGCCCCCUGGCUGGUUCAGUGUCACCAUAUCGCCAGAUCUUUGUUUUUUGUCUCUGCAGCCCUCAUGACCCAUGAGAGUUUUGGGUUUCAAUAACACCUCACUUCAGAGCCACUGUAUUGUUUUGCCAAAAUCUUCCUCCAGAUUAAGUAAAGAACUGGGUUUCUGAUUGCAUUUAGUUUUGUAUGUUUUCUAAAUGUCUACUCAAAAGUAAUUAGUGCUCUGGAAGCACAUUGGUGAGUAGCCUUUGUCCCCCCUUCCUUAGCAAGCAUGUGUGGCUGACAGCUCUCCUGCUCUGCAUUUGCUGUUGCCUCAAUUUGCGUUCUGCUUAGUUUAUCCAGCUUCUGUUUGGAAGCUCCUGAGAUUUGCAGUAUUGAGCUGCUGUUGUGAGCAGGAGUAGGAGUGCACACAGAAGCCUGAGAACGGUUGGCGAUCCACACCCAGUGUCCUGCCUGCUACACCUGUUCAGCUGAGUGCCACCCCAGGUCUUCCCAUUUGGCUACAUUUUGCUUUGGUCACUAUUAGACUUGGACAUGGGCUCACCAAGUAUCAAAAGGGUUUCCUCUUCUUGCUUUUUCAGAGCCAACUUUUUUUUGUUUGUUUGUUUUUUGUUUUUCGAGACAGGGUUUCUCUGCAGCUUUAGAGCCUGUCCUGGAACUAGCUCUUGUAGACCAGGCUGGUCUCGAACUCACAGAGAUCCGCCUGCCUCUGCCUCCCGAGUGCUGGGAUUAAAGGCGUGCGCCACCACCGCCCGGCUCAGAGCCAACUUUUGAUAUUCUUGGAAGGAAGGGGCAGGAUGUGGGAGGAAAGAGAACAACCCAAUCAGAUGCCUCCAUGGAGUUGUGCACUUUCUGCACUGUGGGUGAUUGCACCCUAGUAAGGUUUUACCAUGCAGCCUGUAGUCUCCCGGAACAUAGAGGAAAUGUGUGCCUAGAGGGGAGUUUUAGGGGGACAAGGGAGCCAUGUGUGGUCUGUCUGCUAGGUCUUGUGUCCAGCUUAUCUUCACUGCUGGACUUGCUGUAUUUUGUAUGCCAAUGGGCGGUUCAAAAGCAUUUCAGAUGUGAACAUCUUUACCGGGCAUUCCACCUCUAGGUCUCCCGGUGAACACUUGCUUCCUUCCUUCACCCGAGAGCAAACAUUUGUGUCAGCACAGAAAGCAGAAUGUGAGAACAAGGACAGUACUGUCUGGCUCCCUGUGCCGGAGACCCAGUUGGGAGGCAGUGUGAAAUGGCACUAGUCUCUGUAAAGUGAUUUUCAUUUAUGAGUUAAACCUUGAUUCACUGGGACUGAGACAUUUAUGCUCAGAAUCUGUUUGUUUUGUUUUGCUUUGUUUUUCGAGACAGGGUUUCCCUGUAGCUUUGGAGCCUGUCCUGGAACAACUCCCACUGUAGACCAGGCUGGCCUCUAACUCAUAGGGAUCCACCUGCCUCUGUUUGCCUCCUGAGUGCUGGGAUUAAAAGCAUGUGCUACCACCACCUGGCUCAGAAUCUUUCUUAAGAGGGUUUCCAGUGUUAACAUUUAUUGGGAUUGAUCAAGGCAACAGAGGUGGCUUUUCUAGGCCAGCUGGAGAGAAGUAUUGUGGGUCCUACUGGUGUCCCAUCUCCACUGUAACAAAUUCACGUGCAGGAUUUACUUUAUACUGUAGAAUACUGACUUUCAUGAUGACAACUUGAUUUAUGCAUGAAUAUCACAGUAUUUCCAUAUAGUAAAAUAACAUUUCUGCCCAGGAUAAUAGUCACAGUUUUCCAGGGAGGGAAUGAUAUAAUUUUCAUGACAAUGUCAUGUGCUGAUAGAAUUUCUCCAUUGAUGAACCUCUAGUAUGUGUGUAUACUUUAUUUACCCAUGUGUAUAUUUUAUGAUCAUGAUCUAAACUGUUAAUUCUUUCAUUCAUGUCCCUGCUGAGACACUGAUAUUAGCCACUUAGACUUAAAGUCGGCAGGUUUAAUCAUUAGUCAUACCAGUGCCCCAGAGGUGAAGCCUCAGUUUAGAGCUCAUCUGCCUAGAAGAGAGGCAGCAUCCUGCAGACAGCUGUGCUUGGGAUAGACAUUUGGCUGCUGGUAUCAGGCUUGGCAUGGCUUUUAGAGGGGCCUAAUUACCCAGUUGUUGAGGAUGCCAGCUGUGCAUAGCCAAGCUUGUCCGCUGCACACUGGGUUAGUGUACAGCUAGGCCUGAGCUUUCACAGAGCUCUGGUCUCCAGGAAACCGUCUCUUGGAUCAGGGUUUCACAUACCGUACUUUAUUCUCAGUCCCUUAAGAUUUGGGCACAGAAUAGGACAUCUUCUACUUUCCACUCUUCCUACAGUCAGAACCCCAGUAGUGCAAGAAGGUCCCUUACAUGCCAGCAUUCAACUUUCAUCCAUGGAACCCAAAGCACAGUAGCGCUGGGGACCCCUUUUUGGCAGCCUCAUCGACCUCCCCAUCCUUCUCGUAGGUUGACUGCCUUGUCACACUCUGUACCCAGCAUUCUCAGGUUGCUGUGUGUUUCCUGGUGUUUAGAGCAUUCAUACCAACGUUUGACGCAUCUGACAGCUCAGUGGACAUCCUCUUCUGCCCGUUCCUAACAACUUUGAUUUGACAUGUUCAUCAGUUUCUGACUGUCCUUAGAACAGUAGAGAUGCCUCUAUUUUAUUUGAGUUUUGUGACUGACUUUACCUAUAUAUCUCUCUGGGGUUUGUUUUUUUUAAUUUUUAUUUUGCAUACUGAGGGUAUUUGGGGUGGGUUGUUUUUUGAGAUGUGUAAUUCUUUUAUGGAGUUUUUAAAAAGAAUUUUCAUAUUGUUUUUCUAACAUGGCUUCAUUAAACGUUUAAGUAUUUUAAAAAUAUGUAAUAUUUGGACCAGAUGUUGUGAAUAAUAGUAGAGAUAAAGCUAUUUUAUUCUGUAUUUUUAAAACUGUUCCGUACAAAUAAAAGCUCCUGGAUGUA